GGUCCAUAACAACUAAAAAUUUUCUUAAGCCAGCAAGCUCCCUCUCCUGUUUAAAGAUUGUGAAUUCUAGUAUUUAUCAGAGUUUGAGUUUGAAAAGGAAAAAAAAAAAUAUUCUGGGGGACAGCAAACUGGUCUGUUAGAUUCAUUUGGUGUCAAGCUACGGUGAUAUCUACGCCAAAUCUCCCGCUACUCCCGCUGGUUAGUUGGUACGUCAAAGAUUUGAACUAAAACAAUCAAACUUCUUGUUGAGCUCUAAUUCUUCUGUUAUCUUUUUUUAAUUUUCAUCUCCUAAGCUUAUCAUCAUAAUCUUCUCUUCCAUUUCCAUGGAGCUCACAUCUUAAUUCAUCUCUCUCUCUCUCUCUGUGUAAUCAUGUUGUUCCAGGAGUCUUCUGACAGAAAUCUAUCAAAGCAUACAUCAUUCUUUGGCAUCAGAUUAUGGGUUAUUUUACUUGCUUUCAUUCUACUCUUCACUGUUAUCAUUCUCAUCGUUACUUUUCUCUGCAUCAUCUACCUUUGUCGCCAGAAAUCAAAAUCCUUAAAACCACCCCAUUUCCGCCUACCGAAUCCCAUUUCUUGCAACAACUAUUGGAAUAGUUUCAAUGCAUCAUCCCUGGACAAGAGGCUCUUGUCGAGCCGCAUGUCAGAGUUUGAGAUGAGCAUUUCCACGCUAGACCGUCAUAAUUCGCUGGUAUCACCUCUGGCUAGUGGGAUGAUAGCCACUCAAGGGAGUGGUAAUGUUGCUGAUUUGGAGUUAGAUGAUAGGUCCUUCUCUGUUAUUUUGGAUGUGCGGAAAGGAAAUAUGUUUGCUUUAAGGGAUAUUGAUGUGAUGACGAAUGGAUUUGCCGAUCAGAAUGUGAUCGGAAAUGGUGAUAACGGUGUUGUAUAUCGUGGCAUUUUGUUGGAUGCUACUAGAGUAGCUGUAAAGAGACUACUCAAUAAGAGUUGCCUAGCUGAGGACUUCGUACCUGAGAUGGAGGUGAUAGGGCAUGCCAGACAUAAGAACUUAGUAAAAUUGCUUGGAUACUGUAUAGAAGGAGAUUACAGAAUGCUUGUGAAUGAAUAUAUGGAUAACGGUAACCUGCAUCAGUGGCUUCAUGGUUGCCCAGAAGAAGCAAGUCCUUUAACAUGGGAAAUUCGGAUGAAUAUCAUCCAAGGAGUCGCAAAAGGAUUGGCCUACCUUCAUGAGGACAUCGAACCAAAGAUUGUUCACGGGAAUUUGAAAUCUAGAAACAUAUUGCUUGAUCACCAAUGGAAUCCUAAGAUUUCUGAUUUCGGGAUUGUUAAGCUCUUUGGUCCUGAUGGAAAUAGCAGAGCAGGUUAUCUGAUGGGAACAUCUGGUUAUUUAUCUCUAGAAAACGCUUCUAAUGGAGUUUUGGAUGAGAGGGCUGAUGUCUACAGCUUUGGCAUACUUGUCAUGGAGAUAAUAUGUGGAAGGAUUCCUGUAGAUCACAAUCAACCCCAGGUAUAUUUGAUUGAGUGGUUGAAAUCCAUGGUUGCAAAUCAGAAAAUCAUGUAUGUGGCAGAUCCAAAAUUGGCAGAAAUGCCAUCUUCAAAGGACCUCAAACGCAUACUUUUACUUGCUCUUCGAUGUACUGAUCUUAAUACAAAGUAUAGGCCUACAAUGGGAGAUGUCAUCCACAUGCUUGAACCACGUGACUUGCUACUGUAUGAUGAAUAUCGAAUUAGGAAAGGAUCCUCAUCUCAUCGAAGUUGCUCACAAGAGAGUCUGACUGUUGUAAAGUCAGGCAAGUGUGACUUGAAUGCAUACGAAAGCGAAAGCAGCUGUAAUGUCUAUCAGAAAAUGAUUUGAAGAAAUUCACUGACAUCAAACUUCAGAGAUCACUAUGGUUUGAAGAUUUAUAUCCUUCCUGUUCUUGAACAUUCAUUAUAUAAAAUUGUUGAUCGUCAUCUGUAUACCAGAUUGGAGAGUAGUCUUAUAGAUGGCUAAGAGUAUUCUUUUUUUAAUUAAUUAAGACUAAUCUUUUUGAAAAACUUUUAGGAUAUAUUAAUACUUCAAAAUUUUUCCAAAAGAAAAAGAAAUAAUUUGGAAACUGCUGCUAAUAAUAACAAAUUUAAAGGUAACUGCUGAAGAAGUAUUACCUGUAGCUUUUUCAACCUUCUAUAUAAUGUGAGAUUCGAUGGGGGAAAAAACAUACAUGUAAGGGCUGAAACUUAAUGACAAGCAAAGAUAAAGUUAGUUUUCAAC